AGUUUUCAUUCGGAAAUUCCUCAGUCGAUACGUAUCACAAAGUGUCUUAAUCCGAUAGUUUUAUAAGAUAUAUCUGUACAUUCUAUUUUAUAAUAUAAAAAGAAAGGUUGUGCAAAGAUAUCAUAAGUGAAAAUAUCAAAGUGAAUUGAAAAAAUGUGAGCCUCGAUUUCUUUAUCAAAAGAAUUUCAUACAUACCUAUUUAGAAAAAAAAUAUUUCACAAGUGAUACAGCGAAAAAAAAUUAUAGAAGAGAGGACAAAAACUUGUUUUUCUUCUUCAAAUUCUUCAUUAAUUCAAGUGAUUAUUUAAGCGCCUUUAUAAUUACUUGAAUGCGAAUUAUAAAUUUUACACACAAUGCAUGGAUUAUCGACACUCAAUCGAUUGCUUGGGAAGAAAAACAAGGAAGGUUCACGAACAUCGAACAACCUUAGCAAAUCGACAACUAAUUUGGACACAUCUAGUCAACAUAAUAAAAUCACUCCGAUUGUUGUUAACAAUGCGCCCUUUGAGCAAACGUUUCGCGUCACGGUUUAUUUGCCGAAAAAUCAACUUUAUGUUGAACGUAUUGGUGCAAAGACAAAGCUUUCAACUUUAAUGGAGAGAAUUUGUGAGAAUAAACAUUUGAUUGCCGAUAAAGUUGAGUUUCGUCAUCCUGGUGACAUGUCGCAAGUCUUCGAUAACGAUAAGACGAUUGGCGAAGUUGGCUUGAAUGAAUUGAAAUUAGUUUUGAAGACGGAAAGUCAUUUCAACACAGACUUUCGUCGUUUUCAUGCAGAUGAUGUCAUCAAAUACAAGUCGACCGUGCCAGAGUCUGUUUCCUCUUCCGAAAUAAGCCGAAAUUAUAACAAGAAGCCUUCGCCUUACAGUUCAACGACAUCUCUCAAUUCACUCGACUCAACGGGAAUGAAUUCAUCAGGAAAAAUUCAACCGCCAGUGGCACCAGCACGUAAGAAACGAGCGGCACCACGACCACCGAGUCAAAAUUCCAUUCCAGAACAAGAAAUUUUCAGCAAAACUUUGAAUGUCUUCAAGGAACCUCAUUCGAUUCUUCCAAUGAAAAAUUUUCAUGUUUCAUCGCCACAACUCAACAACAAUCAUUUGGAGUUAAAAAGUGACAAGAACAACAAUAACAUUGAGAGAGAAGGAAAUCGAUUAAAUGCCAUAACUCGACCGACAUCGAUGUAUGUGACGAACACGAACGAAAAUGUUCAGAAUAAUUCGAAUGGUCAUCACCAACGAACGUCAAGUGAAUCAUCGGAAGUUACAAACAUUUUACAUGAACGACAGAAUUCAAAUAGUUUUGAACGAAAGAAAAAGCCAGCGCCAGUUCCGCCAAAGCGAGUUCACAAGCCGGUCCCAUCACCACGAACUGUUCAAGAUGAAUUGAAGUCAUCAACAAUAACAGAAAUCAAAGAAAUGGAUGAUGAACAAGAGAAGAUCGACUCAUCAUGUUCACGAUCUGAUGAAAUGAAAGUCGUUGUGGAGUCGUCAGAGAAGACAAAAGUUGAAGAGAAAUCAUCAGCAGACAAUGGAAAUGUUUCGAAGACAAUGCUGAACAAUGUUCAGAAAGUUGAAGACUUUUCCAGUAUGGAUUCAACCUCUGACGGUCCAAUUUCAAUUCAAAUCAUAUCGAAUGACAGUUCCAUUGAUCCCGUCACAGAUGAGAUGACUUUAAGUAGUCAUAACAGUUCGAAGUUACCGUCAACCGUUUCCAAAGUUCAUAUAAAACUUGACGAUGAAAGUCGUCGAUCAUCUUCGGAAGAUGAAAUGACUGUCAACAUCUACAACGUGACGAAAAGUGUUGUGAAGGUGGAAAAGCCUAAGAACGAAGUGAUAGUAGAGACGAAAGAGAUUGUUGAGAUUAUUCAGGAGACUCAGAAGGAAGUUCAAGAACGUCCGCAAUCGCCACUAUGGACUUACACACUUCCUGCACCGCCUAAAAUUAAUGACGAUGAGAGUGACAAAAGUACAGAAGUCAUCACGUCUGAUCUUGAAGAUGGCUACUUGGGAAAUGGAAAAACUAUCGUGAAUGUCGUUUCGCAACCAUCACAAGUAACAAUUGAAAAGAAGAUUCAAGAAAAUGAAGUCACUGUUGAGAGUUUCCAGAGAAGUCGCUUGCUUAUCUCACGAUCCGAUUCAUUCCACUCAAUUGGACAAGGAAGGAAGAAUAGUUACGAUAAUCAUCAACAGGGAAAAGCUUUAAAUACACCACAACGCAGCACUUCAUUUUUGUCACUUAUUCAGUCACAAAAAUCCGAAGUUCAUCAUCAUAACAAAAUAAAUUCCAACAAUGACAACAACAUGCUUUACAAUCGACAAAGAUCAACAAGUGAAUUGAGCAUCUCAGACGUUCCAUCAUUGCAAAGCAUUGAAGUUCUUAAAAAUAUUUUAAAUUCAUCGUCGAGAAAGGAAAGUUUACCAAAUGAGAUGAAAAUUGAUGUAAAUGAGAAGAAGAUGAUCGAGAAGGAAAAUGUUUCAGUUGAACGUCAAACAUCUUUCGAGAUGGUCAAGAAGCAAAAUGAGAUUCAACAGAAUUCCACUAAAAUCGUUGAAAAGAAAGUCGAAGAAGUUAAAUUUUCAAAGCCUGUUGUUGUUGUUGAGUCUAAGCAACAACCAACAACGACAGUUGUUGAAACAACAACAACACCAGCUAAACCAACUGAGAAUCAAUGGCGUUACAGGGGACCACCAAAAAUUAAUCUAUCAACAUGGAAUGAACGACCAACAAGUAAAGUCAUCAUUGCUGCUGACAGUGACUACAAAUUUGGUGGAGUUGCUAAUCCACUUCCAAGUGAAAUAAAGAGACAACAGCAGCAACAGGACAUAACAAGUAAACGUCACACAAUUCACAUUUCCGAUGAGACAAUUGUAAAGAAAGAAGUGGAGAAACAUUUACCGAAAGUUCUUGGCGUUGAAUAUAAGAAAGAUUUGCCAUCAGCUCCGUCUUCUGUCGUUACGUUGAGAAAUCCUUCAAGUGAAAUUGUUACCAAGUCUACGUCAAAGACGACAAUCAUAAAUAUCAAGCCGCGGCCAAUGAGUAUGGAAGUGAGUAACAAUUAUUCGACACUUGCAAUGUCAACUGAUCGUUCGCCAACGCAACAAUCGUCAAUUGCUUAUAAUCGUUUAAAUAGCAACGCUAAAAAAUUCACCCCCGUUGUUCAUGGCUUUAAAUUGAAUAAUAUCAAAGAAAGUGAUCAUGUUGAUAGUUCAUCGCAAGUUGUUAAGAAAGAUGUUGAGAAAAAGAUGAUUGUGCCGCCAAGUGUACCAGCAAAGCCGGCAUUCUUACGUUCAACUUCAGCAGGAGACAUUACACGACCAACAAAACUUUCCGUUGCUGAAAUAAAACUUGAUAACAAUUCUGACAAUUCACCUGCUUUGGAUUUUCCAUUUUCUCAAACGUCACUUCGUCGAACUGGAUUGAAAGAAAAAAUUCUUUCCACUGAUAAGGAAACGAAGAGCAUGUUUGGCAAGGUUGUCGAACCAAAACCGGAAGUUGUCAUCCGUUAUCAUAACAACAAUAAUAACAGCAAUGGUGAGAAGAUGUUUGAACGAUCAGCUGCAAGACAAUUAUCGCAGCCUGUUCCAGUUCCACCAAAGCCUCCGACAACAGCGUCAAUGAACUUCCGUAAAUCGGCACCUGUCACUGGAAUGGAAACAAGAAAUCAACUUCUUGACGCCAUUAAAAACUUCGACAAAGAUUCGUUGCGCCGGAAGUAG